ACCACCCUCCAGCCUUCGGAGCCAGCCACUCAUCUAUCCACCCUCCAACCUUCGGAGUGAGGCACUCAGCUGUCCUCGGUCACCGGGACCAGCCAACACCAUUUUUUGAGCCGAACUCCUUAUUACCGAUCAACCAUGAGCUCCCAGAUUCGUCAGAAUUAUUCCACCGAGGUGGAGGCCGCCGUCAACCGCCUGGUCAACAUGCAUCUGCGGGCCUCCUACACCUACCUCUCUCUGGGCUUCUAUUUCGACCGCGACGAUGUGGCUCUGGAGGGCGUGGGCCACUUUUUCCGCGAAUUGGCCGAAGAGAAGCACGAGAGCGCCGAGCGUCUCUUGAAAAUGCAAAACCAACGCGGCGGCCGCGCCCUCUUCCAGGACGUGCAGAAGCCAUCUCAAGAUGAGUGGGGUAAAACUCAGGACGCUAUGGAAGCCGCCAUUAACAUGGAGAAGAACCUGAACCAGGCCCUUCUGGAUCUGCAUGCCCUGGGUUGUGCCCGCGCAGACCCCCACGGACAGCAAGCGUUACAAAUAGGAAGAGACCAUGCCCUUUGCGCCAGCUUUCGAGGCACGGGGAAUCAGAGACCCAGAGCCGUAAGUGACUGAUUCACCAGCAGAGGACAGGGAGGGGAGUUAUACCCGGCCUAGGUAUUUCCAGUCCAGAAGGUCGGAGAGGCGCUCCGUGCGGUUCCGCUGGAUAAUGCGCUGCCGCCGGCUCUGCUGGCAGAAACUGUAGAGGAAGGAGGUGAGCUGCGAGCAAGAAUCAUCCAGGCCUCGGAAACGCCGGUCCAGAAUGUAGAUGCCUGUCGGGGCCAGGACGAGGUCUCAGAAAACAGACUGGGGAAACCUUCAUUGUCUCUGGGACUCUGCGGACACCAGGACGCCUCCUCCCACUGGGACUCAGGAGUCCACCCCCUCCUCUCUUAGUGACCCAAGAGACCACGCCCCUCCUUCCCAGGAUCCAAGAGUCCCGGCUCUCAUUCCGGGCGCUGACCGUAAGCUGAGGGGUCUGCGAUGUGUUCCUCCAUGAAGCAGCCGAAACCAGAAAGGUUGGUGGAGACACUGGGGAUACCCAUAACCGUGCACUCAGCUGCGGGAAGGCGUGAGAAAGGUCCGCUUAGCUUGCCCCUCUUUAUUGCCUUAAAUCCCAGUGAAAGCCCCAAUGGCGCCCUCUAUUGGCGCCUUUAAUAAGAGCCGGGCGCUGUGCUGCGCAAGUCAGGAACCAGACAAAUUAGGCUGUGCAUUAAAGUAUGAUAGUCCCUAUUCCUUAGAGGGGAAGCUACUAGGCCCAGAAAAGGGAAUUCAUUUGCCCCAAGGCCUCAGGGUAAGGAAGAGUCCAUAAUUGGGUAAUAAGGAUGCUAAUUUAUUGAGCACGGUACUCUGGGCCAAUGUCCACCAUUUUAAUUUAUCCUCAUGACCUAUAAGACACCUUUUUGUGCCAGACUGCACUGUUUUGGUUGUCAUAGCUUUAUAGUCUGUUUUGACAAGAGGUAAGACAAGGUCUCUCAUUAUUACUAUCACUGUGUACAGAGCACCUACUACACCUCGUUUACUCCCUUAAAUAACGCUGAGAAAUGCUUCAAGGAGUUUAUUAUAAUUUUUAUAUAAGUGUUUCUAAAAACGUCUGUAAGCUGCAAAAGUAGGCACUACAUAUAACAAGGCUUAUGGGAAAAAUAGGGUUGGAGCUGGUCACACAAAACCUAUGCACCAUUUUAACCGGGGAUGAAACUGGCAAAUUUCCUAAUCAUCACACAAGCAUAGUUUAAAAGACUUGUCAAAUUACUCAUCAUUUAAGAAAUAUUACAGCAAGUGUGGUAUUUAUUUUGCCUUAAAAACAUAUGAAAGUAGCUUGAUCGUUAGUGAACCGUGCAUUUAGCUGUUGUUGUUUUGGGGAACUAAACAGUAGCAAAUUGGGAGAAAUCAUGUGUGAACUCUGACAUCAGCCCUCUAGUUACUCACAUGAGCUACUGUGUCACAAAAACACAGGAACAGACUGUCUCCAUUGUUUCUGUUUUGCAAAGGAGGAGUUUGGAGCUCAGGGAGGGCCAGUCCCUUGUCCUGGGAUCACUCCAGACGCUGAACUCACCUGGUGUGUAGCCCCAAGGCUCAUAGUAGGAGGGGAAGACCCCAAGGUGGCAGCCACGGACAAACUCCUCGUAGUCCACAGGGAGCAGGGGGCUCGUGGAGGAGAGGAACUCCGGGUGAAAAAUAACCUGGCAGUGGAAAACAAGGGCUCAGCCCGAGCACCUUAUUUAGCUACUCCCUGGGGAUCCCAGAGAGGAUGAAAAAGUUGUCUAAAGCCACACAAGACAGUGUCAGGACAAAGAUUGGAAUCCAAGUCUGUCUGCCUCAGAAGUAAAGGUUCUUUCUAAACAUUGCAAUCCUUUGAUAUACCAGGGGAGAUGGGGAAUGUGAGGCUCAGGCUCCACCCCCCAUAUCACAGCCCUCCCCAGAACCACCACCCCCAACCAUGCCCAACCCACCCUGGCCAGUGCCCUCACCUUGACCCUGUCGGCACUACUAUUGAAGAGGCCAAUUCGGCGGAUGGUGGUCAAAAUAGGAUCUGAGGAGUCAUCCAGCAUAUUGUGGGUGCACACAGGAGGGAAAGACUGCCGCUGUAGGGGCCACAAGUGGGGUGGGGGGGGGGGUCAGGGAAGGGACAGAGGACUCCCUACUUCCCCAUGAGCCAUGCUCAUCCUGGGGAUCUAAGGAGACAAUUCCCAUCAGGUUGUGGAGCAACAAACCCAAGAGAUUACCAGGAGUUGUAGAUUUCCUACUUGGCUCUAUCUGUAAAGGUUUUCUUUUCCCUUUAAGCACCAUAAGCCGAAAAGAAACUACAAUCCCAGCUGUCUUAGAGGCAGAGCCAGUGUUAACAUCCCUCACAGACUAGAGGGAGCUGUAGCUAUCUUGUUCUGUACUCUGGGCUCUCAUCAAAGAAACCCAAAGGGACCGUAACUCCCAGCAGUUGAUGGGGGCUGUGCCUUUCAGGGGCUGCUUGCCGGAAGUUAUAGUUUUCUUAUGAAAAUCCUGGAUCUCUUUCUCUCCAAGUUCCUUUUACUCUCCAUCCUGUAUUCUCUCCACCUCCACCCUCAAAAGAGGCCCAAAGAAACCACAAUUCCCAAGAGCCACUGGAAGAAGACAGAGCUAGUGGGAUAGCAGUCCCAGGGGCUGCUGGGAUAUAUAGUUCUUUGCAGCUGUCCCAUCAUUCCUCUCAUUAAAAGAUCUACUCAUCUUCAGUUUACUGACUCCAGGAGCCCAGGAAACUACAACUCCCAGCAGCCCCAUAGCAGAAACAUCCUCAGUGAGGCCGACUGCCUUAGGAACUACUGGAAAUUAUAGUUUGGACAAAAACAAUUCACACCUUGUUUGUGCAACUUGGCUGUCUUGGUUUCCAUUCCCCAGGAUUGGGGGAAAUCACCAACCCUGACCACAGGUACCAAAAACCCUUGACUCCAGAGAAUAAAAGAACUCUAAUUCCCAGAGGUUUCUGGGGCCAGGGAAGAGUCAAGGUAGCAGAAAGCCCUGGGGGCUGCUGGGAGUUGUAGUUCUCAUUUUGUGACUGCCAAUUUUCUCUAAGGUUUCCCACCCAUCUAAUUAACCCCAGGUAUCUAAAGAAGCUACAACUCCCAGGGGUAUUUGGAGACUAAGACACAACCAGUGGGAUAAGAAACAGUAGCUGCUGAAAGUUUUCAAUGUUCUUCAGUGAAUAACUGCUGUUUUUUGUUGUUGUUA